UUUUUCUGCUCCCCUGCACUUUGCCUUCUUCUGUUCUCCUGCAUGGUGUGCCUUUGGUACCCCCCAGGCUCCUGGACAGUAAUUCUGCCAGUGAUACUGAUGGUGCUGAGCCCUCUCCUGGCUUGGGCUGGAAACACCCGAACACUCUUCAUGGUGCAGGGCAAGUCCGAGUGUCACUUCUCCAACGGCACGCAGCAGGUGCGCUUCCUGGACAGGUACAUCUACAACCGCGAGGAGCUGGUGCGCUUCGACAGCCUCGUGGGCGAGUACCGGGCGCGGACCGAGAUGGGGCGGCCGGCGGCCGAGCGCUGGAACCGCUGGCCCGACGCCCCGCAGCGGGCGCGCGCCGCCGGGCACGACUUCUGCGCCAGCAACUACGAGUUCUUUGCAAGCCGCACGGUGCAGAGGAGAGUUGAGCCUACGGUGACUGUGUAUCCUGUAAAGAGUCGGCCUCUAUGGCACCACAACCUCCUGGUCUGCUCUGUGAAUGGUUUCUACCCUGGCCACAUUGAAGUCAAGUGGUUCCAGAAUGGCCAGGAAGAGGAGGCCGGGGUGGUCUCCACAGGCCUGAUCCCUAAUGGAGACUGGACUUUCCAGAUCAUGGUGAUGCUUGAAAUAGUUCCUCAGGGUGGAGAGGUCUACACCUGCCACGUGGAGCACCCCAGCCGGAUGAGCCCUGUAACAGCAGAAUGGAGGGCACAGGACGAAUCUUCAAAAGAAAAGAUGCUGAGUGGAAUCGGGGCCUGUGUUCUGGGUCUGCUCUUCCUUGGGAUGGGGCUGCUCUUCUACAUCAGGAGAGCUCUCAGGGGAGGCCCCCAGGAAGUGGGGAAGAAGCAGCAAGAAGCGGUGGUAUGGAAACAGCCCUCUCCUCUGUCCCCUGCAGGUCUCCUGAGCUGGAGCAGAGACCAUGACACUCAGACAAGAACCUUCAGUCCCAGCUUUUUUGCAGCUUGAAAAGGUUUCCUACUUCAGACCGUGGGCCUCUUAUUGUAUUACUUUCAGAGUUUUUAAUAGAAGAGUUGCCCCUCUGGUGGCUGCUGGCCUGGCAGUCUUUAUUUGUUAAUUUUAUUGAAAUAUGAUUGAUUUGCAGUGUUGUUUUCAUUUCUGCUGUACAGCGUUCACUCCUCACGACAAGAGUACUUUCUCAGGGUCUAAUUUGCUCUGGGUUGAAUGACCCUGCAGAAAAAGUCCUGGGUGGCUUCUUCGGCCCCUACCCUGCACCCAGAAGUCCCCAGGAUUGAUUCCAGUACCUUAUCUUCAUUCUUUCCUGGUCCUCUUUGUUCUCUACCCUUGCUGCCUCCCUCCAUACACAU